AUUGACUUCCUGGAGGGACCGGCGGACUUGAGUCACCGCAGUGGAAAGAGCGAGCGUCUCCCGUGAGCUCUUGCGGCGCGCAGUGAACGCCGACGUUCCCUGGCGGAGUCCAUCCCAAGGCCGGUCUGCUCUGGCAGGAUGGCGGCUUUAGUUUCUGUGAUGGUCUGAUACUGCGGCUGCUUACCAUGGCCCUGCGAGCAGUGUGGCUCAUCCGUCACGAGCCGGAAACUCCGCCCGGUGGCACCGUCAGGUUCUCCAGACGAUACCCUACUGUUGAAAAGCGAGCCAAGAUCUUCAAUGGAGUGAGUUAUGUUCCUGUACCCGAAGAUGGUCCCUUCCUGAAGGCAUUACUCUUCCACCUGAGAUUAUCGGGUGAUGAUAAAGACUUCGUGGAGAGGCGCGAUAGCUGCUCACACACCAGCAAAUCACCCAUCUAUGGACUUUCAGUAGGCGGUGAAGAACUCUGGCCAGUCAUUGCUUUUCUGAGGAACGAUAUGAUUUAUGCAAGUGUUCCACUGGUUGAACAAGCUCUGUCUCCUCGUCCAUCUGUAGUUAGUGUUAGUGGAGUCUCACAAGGCUUGGAACUGCUUUUCGGGAUACAGGAUUUUCUUUACUCCUCAAGUCAGAAAAGUGACACAGACCUAAACACAAAGUUGAGCCAGUUGCCUGACCUGCUUCUGCAGGCUUGUCCUUUGGGUACUCUGUUGGACACUAACUUGCAGAAUUCACUGAGUAGUACUAAUUUCUCAUCUGUGACUCAGCCGCACAAACAGCCAGCAUGGAAAGUUGGAGCAUACAAAGGAAAGCCUCAGAUUUCUAUUUCUAUCACUGAAAAAGUGAAGUGCAUGCAGUAUGGUAAACAGGAUGCAGCAGACACAUGGCAAGUUGUUGGGACAGUCGCUUGCAAGUGUGAUUUGGAAGGAAUCAUGCCAAGUGUUACUAUCAGCUUGAAUCUCCCCACCAAUGGAUCUCCACUUCAAGAUAUUAUCGUUCAUCCUUGUGUGACUUCUCUUGAUUCAGCCAUUCUGACCGCUAGUAGCCUUGAUACAAUGGAUGAUUCUGCAUUUAGUGGGCCUUAUAAAUUCCCGUUCUCUCCGCCUUUAGAGUCAUUCAGCUUAUGCCACUACACUUCUCCGGUUCCUGUCCCACCAAUAUUGGGUUCUUAUCACAUGAAAGAAGAAGAAGUACAACUGAAAAUAACAGUUAAUUUAAAACUUCAUGAAAGUGUAAAAAAUAAUUUUGAAAUCUGUGAGGCUCAUAUACCUUUCUACAACAGAGGUCCGAUUACCCAUUUGGAAUACAAAGUUAGUUUUGGUCAACUUGAAGUAUAUCGAGAAAAAAGUUUGCUGGUCUGGAUUAUUGGUCAGAAGUUCCCCAAAUCAAUGGAAAUUAGUCUUUCUGGAACUCUAACGUUUGGAGCCAAGGGCCACAACAAGCAGCCAUUUGAUCACAUUUGCAUUGGAAAUACAGCACAUGUAAAGCUUCAUUUUAGGAUCUCAGAUUAUACACUCACUGGAUGUUAUGCCGAUCAGCAUUCAGUUCAAGUUUUUGCAUCAGGAAAACCAAAAAUAAGUGCAUAUCGGAAACUGAUUUCUUCUGACUAUUACAUCUGGAAUUCUGAAGCUCCUGCUCCAGUAACAUAUGCGUCAUUGUUGCCCUGAUUUUCUCAUAUGGGAUUUAUUUAUUUCUUCAAAUGGGAUUUAUGUGAUGUAACAUUCUGUAGUAGAAUCAUAGUAUUUUUUUAUUUCUUACAUGUAUUCAUAUAACCUGUGACUGAAAAUCACUGAAUGAUUUCUUUAUCCAAACAUUUAUAUCUGAUGUUUAUAGUCUGAUACAAUGUGAAAGAAUAUAUUCAAGGCUAAUGUCUUCCUUUCUUUGUUGUCCUCUGAUUUCAUGCCAGUAUGACUCAGGACAUAUGAAAGUAGUGAUUCAUUUUGACUUAAGACGAGUCUUGGUCUCCAUGCCAUAUGUUCUUCCUGGAGCUGUGGCAGGCCUCCGUGCUCGGUCCCCGCCAGGACAGGCCGAACUGUGGCCUCCUGUGGGACAGACUGCUGAUCACUCAGAGUCCUUUCCUUGAGGAAGAGCUCAGCCUUCCGCUAGCUGUCCUGUGGGCUGGAGUGAGCACAAGGAAACUUUGUGCUUAUCCAGACCUCAGCAGAGCAGCAUGCUGUUGCAGAAUAGCCAUGAUCUGGUUAAAAUAAUCACGGAUCCUUCCUUUCAACGCGGCCGGUGGAGAUACUGCUCAAAUAGUGAGCUGCUCUUCAUCACAUCCCUCCUGCUGGCCAGUAGAGAACCUGCAUAACUCUAUUCAGUGUUGUUGAGCUACUCUUUCUGGGACAGGGUCACUGUGCAGCUGAGGAUGACCCUGAAUCCCUCUCAAGUGCUGGGAUUUCAGUGGUGUAUCACCAUGCCCAGUUUGUUCUCCGCUUCUAGGGGACAAACUCAGCUUCAUGCAUGCCAGGCAAGCACCCUACCAGCUGAGCUGUGAUGGUAACCCAAUAACUCUUCUCAGGCUCCUUUAACUAGCUUAAUAAUCUGCUCAAAUGAUGUGUUUAGGGUACCAGGCCACUAGGCUGCAGUACUUCAGAAGUUUGGCACAGUGGUCUGUGAUUAUUCAGUGUCCUUGGACAGGUUUUAAAAAUAAUUUUAGCUAUUAUACUCUUUUUUUUUUAAUUAAAGCCUGUUAACAAAUGAAUUCAGGUAAACUCAAAAGCCCUCUCAUGGGUAAAAAGUCAUUUACACUAAUUUAAUGUAGCAUAUUUUCCUUAAGUCUGUCCCUGUCAUUUUCUCUACCAUUUUCUUGAUUCCUUCAAAACCAUCUACCGUGCUCUUUAUCCUCCACCCGUUUCUACCAUCGCGUUCAUAUUCUGCUUCAGAGCCAUGUGUUGUCGCCAAGUUGAAUUUUAAGUGGCCACAAAAAAAAAGAAAGAAAUCUAAAGAUCCUGAAAACUUAACUGAUGUCAACUGAAGCCUGACCUUCUCCUCAAAAAAAUGAGUGACAUACUAAUAUUUAAUUGGAUUUAUCCUGAGUUCUAUUUCUUUGUUGUCUUUUUUAAAAAUGAGCCUUCUAAAAAGGGCUUAGAGAAAGCUGCUGAUUCUUUGGAGGAGAGUUAAAACCAUUGAAGAGGAAGUGCGCAUAAACUAGGACUUGAAUGCAUUUUCAGUUAGGGUCAUUCCUACUCAUUAUAAACCCUCUUUGCCUGCAAAGCUUAUCCUAGCCUAAAGUUCUGUUUUCACAGUCAUCCUAAGUAAGGAGAGGAGAGGAAUUUCCUGACCAGGACGUUAACUUGCUGUCCUGACUCACCCAAAGGAAGUCAGCGGUGAAAGAAAACACAGUUCUGUAGUGGUUUCUAUCUCUCCUCAACUCAAAGUGUAACAUGGUACUUUAAUUUAUUAGUGUAGCUCUUUAGAAAUUUUGACUGUACAAAUGCUUAGCAGAUUGUUCUAAGGUAGACAGGACACAUUCAUCUGGAAAGAUUCAAUAUAAAAUCCUUGAGGCAAACUCCCUUCGUAAACAAAUUAGAAAAACCAGUGACUUCUAAUUUGACAUUUCUAGAAACCUAGGGAAUCUAGGGGUUCCUAGAAAAGCAUGGGGGUGACAGGGAAGCAAAGCCAUCUGUUGCCGUUCCGUUCUGACAACACUCGGGAGCUAAAAGCCAGCCCACAUUUCAUCCCAUUGAGAUCAGCUGGGCACACUGAUGCUUUUGAUUUUGUCUAGAAACCUGUCACUUCAGGAGAAUUUCUGAAGACAAAGCUUGUUCCCGGUUUGGUAGGUGACCUGUUUAAUGUUUUCCCUGUGUCUGGGAGCUCCUUAGUGUAAUUAGCGACCUUUGAACUCCACAGCUAAUCCUGAGCUAUUUUGUAUUCCUUACUCAUCUUUAAGGCUGGACCUUUCUUUUCUUCAGAGUCCACUGCCACAAUUAAAGAAGAAACAGCUGCAUUUCAAAGGGAUUCCGAUUCCAGAAGCUUAACCGUGAUUGACAUGUUCUUAUUCUAAGCUAUAAGACACUUUCAGAGUCCUUUCUUUCGUUAGAACUUCAAUCAUUUUCUAAAAAAUUAUCUCACUAUGGAUUUUAUUCAUUUUCUUUGAUAGCUAUUCUUUGCAGUUUUUUUUAACUUGAAAGGUGCUUUGCAUUUGCAGUGAAUAUGAGCAUCAACUUCCAGUGGCAGAUUCGUGCGGGGUUAGACCUGCUCUAGAUACCGUGCCGCUAAAUUCCCUUUUAGUGCCAAAAUAUGAUUAUGAAAUCUGAUAUCUAUGUUGUAGUUAUUCUUACUCAACCCAAAGGGUUAAAGAAAGUUUUAAAUAUCUUAGAAUGAACUCUAGAAAGAUGGGUCGUGAUUUGGGUAAAACCUGUUAUCCAUUUAUGUACUAAGCAAUAUUGUAACGCUCAGAAAGUUGUAUUCGACAGUGGGGAUGUUUUAUACUGUUAAAAUAAUUGAACCUCUUAAAUUGGAAGUAAACAAGCUCCUUGGGAAUCUCAGGAGUCUUUAUAUUUUAUUUAAACAUUAACCCAUCUCAAAAUCUUUUUUUUUCACGCCAUCUCAGUUUUUCUACUGUUGCAAUAUUGUGGCCUUAGAUUUCAUGUGCUGUGUUUAACAACAGACAUUUUGUACAUAGUAUUCAUUGCUGAUUUUUUCCUGUUUGUUGUUAAAAAAAGAAAAAAGAAAAACAAAAAACCUUAAGAGGCCUUCAUAGAUUGCUCCAGUGCCUGGGAGGUAUAUAGGUGGAGUUCCUCCCCAGGGCUGCUGCCCUAGCGGAGGACUUGUUGCAGAGA